UGGUAUCUCCUACAGGCUCUAGACCCCCAAGCCGUAACUGGAAUAAUGAAAUGCCUGGAGAUGAAGAGCUUGGUUUUGAAGCAGCUGUUGCUGCUCUUGGCAUGAAGACAACUGUAAGUGAAGCAGAACAUCCUCUGUUGUGUGAAGGCACCCGAAGGGAGAAGGGGGAUCUGGCAUUAGCUCUGAUGAUUACUUACAAGGAUGAUCAGUCUAAGCUGAAGAAGAUUUUAGACAAACUCCUAGACAGAGAGAGUCAAACACACAAGCCACAGACUCUGAGUUCCUUCUACUCAUCCAGCAAACCUACCGUAGCGAGUCAGAAAUCUCCUUCCAAGCAUGCUGCCCAGUCCACGGCAGCUAUCCAGCAGCUUCCAGGGACUUCUGUCACUCAGCAAGCCAGCAUGAGCACCGCAGUGCAGAGCAGUCCCGAGAACUUCAUGGAGAAGAGUGCGCAGGAGAGCUCUCAGAGGUCCCCCUGUGAGCCAGUGGGGGAAUCCACUGUCUUGAAACAAGAGGGGAAGGUUCCUAGUCGCCUGGCGCUUGGCAGCCGCGGAGGCUACAAUGGAAGAUGCUGGGGUUCUCCUGUCAGGCAGAAGAAGAAACACACAGGCAUGGCUAGUAUUGACAGCAGUGCUCCUGAAACCACCUCUGACAGCUCUCCAACACUCAGUCGGCGGCCGCUACGUGGAGGAUGGGCUACAACAUCCUGGGGCAGAGGACAGGACAGUGACAGUAUCAGCAGUUCUUCAAGUGAUUCGCUGGGUUCUUCCUCCUCUAGUGGCAGUAGGAGAGCCAGCGGGGGAGCCCGUGCAAAGACUGUGGAAGUUGGCAGGUAUAAAGGCAGGCGACUGGAGAGCCAUGCUCCUCAUGUCCCAAACCAGCCCUCGGAGGCAGCUGCUCACUUCUACUUUGAAUUGGCCAAGACAGUCCUUAUCAAAGCAGGUGGAAAUAGCAGCACCUCCAUCUUCACCCACCCUUCCUCCAGUGGUGGGCACCAGGGACCACACCGCAACCUUCACCUCUGCGCCUUCGAGAUCGGGCUCUAUGCACUAGGGCUGCACAACUUUGUGUCUCCCAACUGGCUCUCUCGAACUUACUCGUCCCAUGUCUCCUGGAUCACAGGGCAGGCCAUGGAGAUUGGCAGUGCAGCCUUGAAUAUCUUGGUGGAGUGUUGGGAUGGACAUCUGACACCGCCGGAGGUGGCAUCGCUGGCGGACAGGGCCUCACGGGCCAGAGACUCCAACAUGGUGCGAGCAGCUGCUGAACUGGCGCUCAGCUGCCUGCCCCAUGCCCAUGCCCUGAACCCAAAUGAGAUCCAGAGGGCUCUGGUGCAGUGUAAGGAGCAGGAUAAUCUGAUGCUGGAGAAGGCCUGCAUGGCGGUAGAGGAGGCCGCCAAGGGAGGCGGUGUGUACCCAGAGGUCCUCUUUGAAGUAGCUCACCAGUGGUACUGGCUUUAUGAGCAGACAGUUGGUGGGACCCCAGCGCAGAGAGAAGGAGCCACUGGCUGCACAGCAACAGUCAUGCCGGUGAUUUCUGUGGGGUCAACUAUGUACCAGCAGCAUACGAUGGCAGGACCGGCCAUGGCACACACGCACACGCAGGGCCUCCACCCCUACACCACCCUCCAGACUCACAUCCCCUGCAACCCUCAGUACAUUGGACACACCAUCCAGCACAUGCCGCGACCAGCAGUCUUCCCGGUGCCUGGCUCAGCCUACCCGCAGGGUGUGCACCCAGCAUUCAUAGGAGCUCAGUACCCUUACUCGGUAACAACGCCGUCCCUGGCAGCUACAGCGGUGUCAUUCCCUGGCGUGCCGGUUCCAUCCAUGACGCAGAUUGCGGUGCAUCCCUACCACAGCGAGACAGGACUGUCACUGUCUUCCAAUGUAGCGAUAGGAAGUGUCCAUGCAGGAUCAACGUUCCCAGCGAUUCAGGGGGCUUCCUUGACAACCCUGUCCUCACAGCCCAACUCCCUUGUUACAGGGGGUUUUCCUGCCGAGGAUGAGCAGCACAGUCAGCCUGUGAGCCCCCAAGGUCUGCACUACCUCCACUCUGCAUACCGAGUUGGGAUGCUGGCGCUGGAGAUGCUUGGCCGAAGAGCUCACAACGACCAUCCCAACAACUUCUCCCGCAGCCCACCCUACACGGAGGAUGUAAAAUGGCUCCUUGGGUUAGCUGCCAAGUUAGGUGUAAAUUACGUGCAUCAGUUUUGUGUUGGUGCAGCCAAGGGGGUGCUGAGCCCUUUUGUGCUGCAGGAGAUCAUCAUGGAAGCGCUACAAAGGCUCAACCCAGCCCACGUGCACAACCACCUGCGCACGCCAGCCUUCCACCAGCUGGUGCAGAGGUGCCAGCAGGCCUACAUGCAGUACAUCCACCACCGGCUGAUCCAUCUUACUCCAGCUGACUACGAUGACUUUGUGAAUGCCAUCCGCAGCGCCAGAAGCGCCUUCUGCCUGACCCCCAUGGGCAUGAUGCAGUUUAACGAUAUUCUCCAGAACCUAAAGCGCAGCAAGCAGACCAAGGAGCUGUGGCAAAGGGUCUCUCUGGAAAUGACCACCUUUUCGCCGUGACAGCAAGCGGAGCUCCACGGACGCGCAGCCCCUCGUCCCGCAUAGUUGUAGUUCCAUUCACACCAUC